GGAGGACGCGGCCGCCCGAAGCUGAUAAAUCAGGGGCCGGGUCGCGGCUGCGGGCCACGUUGGACGCCCCGACCCGUGCGAGGGCCAGGUCCGCGCCGGCCCCGCCGAGCUCAGCGAGGCGACCCGCGUGCGGCCAUGGCCUCGCUGCUGGGAACCUACCCUUGGCCCGAGGGGCUCGAGUGCCCGGCCCUGGACGCCGAGCUGUCGGAGGGACAGUCGCCGCCCGCCGCCCCUCGGCCCCCGGGGGACAAGGGCUCCGAGAGCCGUAUCCGGCGGCCCAUGAACGCCUUCAUGGUUUGGGCCAAGGACGAGAGGAAACGGCUGGCGGUGCAGAACCCGGACCUGCACAACGCCGAGCUCAGCAAGAUGCUGGGAAAGUCGUGGAAGGCACUGACACUGUCUCAGAAGAGGCCGUACGUGGACGAGGCGGAGCGGCUGCGCCUGCAGCACAUGCAGGACUACCCCAACUACAAGUACCGGCCGCGCAGAAAGAAGCAGGCCAAGAGGCUGUGCAAGCGCGUGGACCCCGGCUUCCUCCUGAGCUCUCUCUCCCGGGACCAGAACGCCCUGCCGGAGAAGAGAAGCGGCAGCCGGGGGGCGCUGGGGCAGAAGGAGGACAGGGGUGAGUACUCCCCCGGCACUGCCCUGCCCAGCCUCCGGGGCUGCUACCACGAGGGGCCGGCUGGUGGUGGCGGCGGCGGCACCCCAAGCAGUGUGGACACGUACCCGUACGGGCUGCCCACACCUCCUGAAAUGUCUCCCCUGGACGUGCUGGAGCCGGAGCAGACCUUCUUCUCCUCCCCCUGCCAGGAGGAGCAUGGCCACCCCCGCCGCAUCCCCCAUCUGCCAGGGCCCCCGUACUCACCGGAGUACGCCCCCAGCCCCCUCCACUGUAGCCACUCUCUGGGCUCCUUGGCCCUUGGCCAGUCCCCUGGCGUCUCCAUGAUGUCCCCUGUACCCGGCUGUCCCCCAUCUCCUGCCUAUUACUCCCCGGCCACCUACCACCCUCUCCACUCCAACCUCCAAGCCCACCUGGGCCAGCUCUCCCCGCCUCCUGAGCACCCUGGCUUCGAUGCCCUGGAUCAACUGAGUCAGGUGGAACUCCUGGGGGACAUGGAUCGCAAUGAAUUCGACCAGUAUUUGAACACUCCUGGCCACCCAGACUCUGCCACAGGGGCCGUGGCCCUCAGUGGGCAUGUCCCCGUCUCCCAGGUGACACCAACGGGUCCCACAGAGACCAGCCUCAUCUCUGUCCUGGCUGAUGCCACGGCCACAUACUACAACAGCUACAGUGUGUCAUAGAGCUGGAGGCGCGGCGUCCAGCCAGCCCUCACACCCUCUCCUUCCUGUGUCCUGAGUGGCGGGGGAGCCGUGCAGCCACACUAGCUUUCCUGCCACCACUCAGGGCAGGGAGGUUUGAACUGUGGCCCCAAAGCCUUUGGCCUAAGCUGGACUCUGCUUAUCCGAGUGCCGCCUCCAUCCCCUUCCCCACAUUCCAGCCCCUGCAGCCUGCAUUUGAAGUAUAUUCCUUCAAGUGAGUUUUCCUCCAGCCCCUGAGAGUUGCUGCCUCCCAGUAGAAUAUGCACUGACCUCUUUUCUUUGUAGCCGUCGUCGAAACUAAUGGUGGGACAGACUUGAUAGCCAAGGUCCCUUCUGGUCCACAGUUUUCUGAUUUAGGGUUCUCUCAAGGUUAUUAAAGGAAGAUGGGAAAUUUGACUCAUUAAUGAGCUCACUAACCUACGAUCUGGUGAUAAUUUUGUGUGCACAGCCCAAGGGCCACGAGGCUUUCUGCACGUUCUGCACUCCUUUCCAAAAUGACCACAAAAUUCCAAAGGGACUCACAAUUUGAGAAAAAACAGUCAACCUGAUUUGAGAUAUUAACCAGUAUGGCUGCCUGUAUUACACAAAAUGGGAUUGAGUUAAAACUAUUUUAUUUUAAAUAUACAUUUUAAGGCAGUUCUCUCUCUCUCUCUCUCUCUCUAUUAUACACACACUUCAAGAGAAUAUGCACAGUCUAGGCCGGGCACGGUGGCUCACGCCUGCACUCCCAGCACUUUGGGAGGCCGAGGCGUGUGGAUCACCUGAGGUCAGGAGUUCAAGACCAGCCUGGACAACACGGUGAAACCCUGCCUCUACGAAAAAUACAAAAUUAACUAGGAGUGGUGGUGCAUGCCUGUAAUCCCAGCUACUUGGGAGGCUGAGACAGGAGAAUGUCUUGAACCUGGAAGGUGGAGGUUGCAGUGAGCCAAGAUUGCACCAUUGCACUCCAGCCUGGGCAACAAGAGUAAAACUCCAUUUCAAGGUCAAAAAAAAAAAAAAAAAAGAAUCUGCACAGUCUGAAUAUAUAAAAGGAGUGUGAGAGAGACAUGCCCACUUCAUGCAGCUCUUAAAGUCUAAAUCAGAUAUUUUUAUUAGCAAUGACGGCUUCUUGCCAAAUCCCUGUUUCUGAUGACCCAAAGAGCCCAGGUUCCUAAACGGACUUUACAACCAAGCAAAGUCACUGUCCUCAAAUCGGGAUACACACUUUCCCCUCUGUAGAUUUGAAAGGUGCUUCCUUCCCAGCCGUCUCCAGUUUCUUUACUCUCUUUUCUGUGAUUUCUUCUUCUCUUCUUUCUACUCUUCCUCCACUGCUGAACUAGUCGCUAACUCAGACAGCCCCUGACUCCGCCCAAGCAUGCUUCCUCCAGCUGCAGUCAGAGUGUGUCUUCCUCACCAGCCAGGUCCUCAGGCAAAGUCCUCAGCCAGUGCUUUAGAGCAACUUCCCACAAAUCAGAAACUCACUGUGAUUCCAAAAAUGUUUCUGAGCCCUGGACACCUGACCCCAAAACAUUUUCAUCUUUCUUCCAGACCUCCUUUGAAGGAGCAUGUGUAACAGUGUGCUGAAAGACAGUUGUUGUUGUUGUUUUUUGAUUUUAGCAUAUUAUUUCCUGUAUGAAAUAUGUUUUAUAUAAUCUCCUAUUGUUUUUAUCUUAUGUUUUGUAUUGUUGAUAAAUCCUUUUCGUCCUCCCAAGAUGUCCUAUUGUAAAAUCACUUAUAAGAUAUGAUUACUCUUUAUGCUAUUACUUUAUAUGCCAUUUGGUAAUAAAUAGUAAAUUGUUGACGAUAUGAUUGACUGGUGUGCAGUCCAGAGCACGUAUGAAUAAUCUCAUAAAACAGUGUCACAGCCAUUAAGCUAAACUGUUUCAUUUUUUUGAAAGAACGACACAUACUUUGGAACAGUGUCAAUAUUAAUUUGUUGAAAAUAUUUAAUUUAAAUAAACGUUUUUGUACCAUGA